AUGCCCGACGCAACCGACCCCGCUCCUGACACAAACAUGACCCCCUCCGUCAACAACCCCAGCUCCGGUUCUAGUCCGGCCCCGAUCAUCCUCCGCUCUGCCACCCAAGAGUCGGAGUUCAACUCUUUGAUCUUCUCCCGCAUCUUCAACCACCGCCGCCCCGAUUUAUCUUCCUCUACCAUCCGCUGGCAGCACUCCCGUCACCCAUACGCCUAUUGCAAGCCGCUGACUGUCUCUGACGUUGUGGCGUGUGUUGAUUUUGCUAGGAAAAAAGACAAGAGAAUUGCCAUCCGCAGUGGGGGCCACAGCUGGGCCUGUUGGUCGAUUAGGUAUGACUCGAUCCUGCUGGACAUGAUCGACUUUGAGGGAGGGGUUGGGUCGAUCAGAUGGGAACGCGAGAUGGGUGAAGGGGUGGUGAGCUGUGGUCCGGCUGUGACGUCGGGGGGGUUGAAUGAGUUUUUGGCGGAGGGGGGCAGGAUGUUUCCCGGGGGUCAUUGUCCUGAUGUUGGGUUGGGGGGUUUUUUGCUGCAGGGGGGGAUGGGGUGGAAUUGCAAGACCAAAAACAAAGACUUGUUUCACGCUGCUCGGGGUGCGGGGCCAGCGUUUCCUGCUGUCGUGACGAGGUUUUAUAUGAAAACUCUGUCUCUGCUCCCGAUGUGGCAGUCGCUUUAUUUCUUUGAUAUCACCAAGUUUAAAGAGGUGCUGGAGUGGUUGAUCAAGCUCUCCCCAACCGCCUCCCCAACCCUCGAAAUCGUCCUCGUCUCGUCCUUUGUCCCCCAAUCCUCCCCCACCCCAACCCUCACGGCAGUCUUCACCUCCUUUGCCCCCUCCCACACCGCCGCUCUUUCAGCCUUAACCCCCAUCCACACCUCCCUCCCCUGCCCCCCCUCCGCCAGCCCAAACCACCCCAGCCGCUUCUGCGAACCUACCUCCCUUCCAGAAGAAUACGCAGCCCAACUAGCCGGCAACGCCGCCCCCGGCUUCCGCACCCGCUCAGACAACGCCUACCUCUCCAACGACCUCUCCCCGGCACAAGUCGCUGCCGCGCUUGACCCAGCGUUUUCAUCCCUUCCGACAAAGCAGAGCACCGCGCUGUGGUUCUCGAUGAAUCCUACUUCGAGAAGGGUAUGGAAGGGGAACAUGAUGCUUAGCAUGCAAUCUGAUCAUUAUUUUUCUGUGUAUGCUGUUUGGGAGGAGGAGAAGGAUGAUGGGGUGUGUGAUGGCUGGGUGAGGGAUGUUUUUGCCAGAUUGGAGGAGCAGGAGGGGACUCUUGCUGGGAGUUAUCUUGGGGAUGCCGACUUUCAGUUUAGAAAGGCGGGGGGGAAGUUUUGGGGGGAGGGGAGGGGUGAUCCGCGGGAUGUGAAGGCGAAGUGGGAUGGGGAGGGGAGGAUUUGUGGGCUCUUGGAGGGGCAUGAGGCGUUGGGUGAGGGGGUGAGGGGGUGA